CGCCGUCCGUGUCCGGAGCGGAGGCCAGCGGCCGCCCGCUCGGCGCCCAGGACCAUACGAGCCCCACCCUGCCGGGCGUGGGCGGUGGCCCACCUCGGGAGAGCGGAGCAACCGUCGCGGGGCCUCGCCGCGGCCUCCAGCGCUCCGGGCACAGGGAAUGCAGUGGCCCCCGGUCCCUAGUGCCUCUCCGUGUCUGGGCUGGGACUCCUCGAUCGCCUGCUCCACGGCCACGACGCUCCUGAGCCGAGCCGACCGGGCCCCCUUCAUGGCUGCCAGGUGGUUCAAGGAACUCCCCCUGACCCUGAAGACAGCGUCAGAGCGGGCCAGGCCCGGGGGCGGGGGCGGCGGCAAACCGCGCAAGAACUCGGAGGCCGGCGGCGCGGGGCCCACCCCGGGGAAGGGCCGCAAGAACUCGGCGGCGGAGCUGGGGAGCGGCAGGGCCGGCGCCGGCCCCCCCAAGGACAGCCGGCUGUCCCGGGACAGCCUUCAGGGCCUGAUUCAGGCGGCUGCGGGCAAGAGUCGCAAGAACUCCCGGGCCACUGAGGAGGAGCCCCACCGGGGCGCGGCCAAGAGCUCGGGCUGCAGCACCUACAUCAACAGGCUCAUCAAGGUGGACACUCAGGAGAAGAACGGGAAGAGCAGCUACCCGAGCAGCAGUAGCAGCGGCAGCACCAGCUCCUCUUCCUCCGCGUCCUCCUCCCCUUCCUCCCUGGGCCCCGAGCUGGACAAGGCCAAGAUUGUUAAGCAGCAAGACACGGUCAUCAUUUUAGAAGACUAUGCUGACCCUUAUGAUGCCAAACGGACAAAGGGUCAAAGAGAUGCAGAGAGAGUAGGAGAGAACGAUGGUUACAUGGAACCCUAUGAUGCGCAGCAAAUGAUAACAGAAAUUAGACGCCGCGGUUCCAAAGAUCCCCUGGUGAAGGCUGUCCAGGUGCGGGACAGCCCCUGCGAGCCAGGGGAGAGCAGCCUAAAGUCCGAGGUGUUGGCCAAGAGACGGGGCUCCAAGGACCUUCCUGGGAGACCGCUGCCCCUGUAUGACACCCCAUAUGAGCCUGCAGAUGGGGCACCCCGGGCAGAGGGGAGGGCACGGCCCCCCGAGGGCCGGCUGCCCGAGGACGACGAGCGGCCAGCAGCAGAGUAUGAGCGGCCUUGGGAGUGGAAGAAGGAGCAGCUGGCACGUGCGCUGGCAGUCCAGUUUGAAGGAUCUGAGCGACCUUCUGUCAGGGAGGAGACGGUGAGGCAGCACCACCGGCAGAAGAGCUGGACCCAGAAGAUCUUGAAGCCAGCGCUCUCUGACCACAGUGAUGGGGAGAAAGUGGACCCAGGCCUGCCCCUGGAGAAGCAGCCUUGGUAUCAUGGUGCCAUUACCCGUGCUGAGGCUGAGAGUCGACUACAACCCUGCAAAGAAGCUGGUUAUCUGGUUCGAAACAGUGAGUCAGGGAACAGUAGGUACUCCAUUGCACUAAAGACUAGUCAAGGAUGUGUCCACAUCAUAGUGGCUCAGACCAAGGACAACAAAUACACACUGAAUCAGACAAGCGCUGUGUUUGACAGCAUCCCUGAAGUGGUACACUACUAUUCCAAUGAGAAGUUGCCUUUCAAAGGGGCAGAGCACAUGACCUUACUCUACCCAGUGCAUAACAAGCUUCACUGAAGUUCAGCCAUCGAAAGUCCUGGGCCUCUGGCACCUAUGAGGGCAUCAGCACUCCCAACCCGCAAGCAUCUCAGCAGACGGGGCCCAGCUGCUCAUUAGUAACUAGCAGGAAGUGGGAGUCUUCAUUUCACAAGUCCCAGAGUCUUGAAUUCGUUCCAUGGCAUUUGGUUUUCUUGUCAAGUAGUUCUACAAUAGGAAGUCAUAAUUUACCUGUUUCCUCCACCUCUGGAGCAGGGCCUUCUAUUUAGGGGUUGACUCUCAGGAAAGGUAAGUCAAGAGUUCAGAAGCAAUAAAGUGCUCUGGAAAUGUGCUAGUUGGUACCUGGAAUACCUGGCCGCAACACAAACCAACAAAAAAAUCACUUGACUUUUACAUAUGAUUGUGUGGAUCAGAAAUGUGUAUAAUGUCGGGCUCCUUAUUUUAGGAAAAUGGAUGAACAGUGGAAAAUAAGAAUGAUGGGCAAGAAAGUUAUAUUUCUCCCUCGAGUGUCCUAAUUUAGCUCUGGAGUUUGUGAAAAUUUAUAACUUUAGAGUCUGGCCUAGGAAUUAUUUUGCUGGUCAAAGUUUGUGUCUUCUCAAUCUCAGUGGACUUUUUCAUCAUUUUCCAGCCAAUCAGUGAUACAAGCACAAAUAGGAAGAAUGAUGCCCCAGAUGUGAGAGUCGCUGAUGUAAUUAAAUAUGGGCAUCAUUAUUAUAAUUCUGAGUCACAAAAUAAAAUAUAGAGCAAAAA